UCGUCGGAUCCACAACAGCGACUAUGUCCUGUAACCGUGGCCCAUGAGCCGAUAUGGAGUAGCGUGUGUGUUUGCAGCCAGUUGUCACGACGCACAAAAGCGCGCCACUAGCUUCUGUAAGGAUGAAUCAUCCAGAGAAUUGCAAACAGAACUAUUCCCCCCGUAUCUCAUCUUCUUCCUCUCCAAGCAUUCUCUUCUUCCUUCCUUCCUCCCCAAUCUAUCGUGUUAACAAGUGGUAUCAGAGGGGUCUGAUCCUCGUCACUGUUCCACUCUGGAUCCCACAACCUCCCACCCCUACGACACUCGUCUUCGUCGCCAGCGCGCCGCCAUGAACGUCGACUUCCAGCACCUGCUCGACGAAAUGUCCAAGCGCUUCGACGGCUACGAUGCGAAGCUGACGCAGCGCCUCUCCGACUACGGCGUCAAGCUGCAGCAGCGAAUGCUAGAUCGCAAUCUGGAACUGGAGCGUCGUAUGGCGGAUCUCGACACACGGAUGGACGACAAGUUGGCUUCGCUCUCCACGGCCAACGAGACGCGCUUGUCGCAGCUCGAGUCGGUGGCCAUCUCCUUCGACGGUUGGCAUCCCUGCAUGGAGGGUUCCGUCGACGACAUCCGUCUUCACGUCUCCAAGUUGACCAAUCUCUACGAACGGUCGGCAGUGGAGCACCCUACCGUCAUGACUGGUGUGCUUGUUCCGGCUCCCUCUCCGGCCGUGCGCCCAUCUGCUGCUGCCUCCACGGACGCUCAACCUGACAGGCACCGCCUGAAUCCAUCAAUCCGGGAUGAUGGUUGCGGAGUUGUCACAAUUCUUGAUCAUCACCCGGCAAAGGGUGCGUCAUCCCCUUCUCACCCCAUGUGUUUGCUUCUCCUAUUUUCCACUGUUCGAGAUCCGAGUUUAAGGAACCCGUGGGUGGAAGUUUGGCUGGUUUAUCUGAUCAUUUUCCUAAAAUGUUGUUUCCUACGUCCGAUGGGGAUCAACCCAAGUUAUGGAUCUGUAGAUGUGAGGAUUACUUUGAUCUGUAUAGUGUUGAUCCAGCGCAGUGGGUGAGGGUGUCAUCUAUGCAUUUCAGUGCUGCUGCAUCUCGCUUGGUGCAAACUGUGCAGAGCCAUCUUAGAUCCCGUUCGUGGUUAGAGUUCUGUGGUUGGGUUUUGGCUCGAUUUGGCUAUGACCAUCACGAAUUGUUGAUCCGCCAGUUGUUUAACAUUCGUCAAACUUCAUCGGUGUCUGAGUACAUCGAUCGUUUCUCAUCCCUUUGUCGACCAAUUGACAGCUUACGGAUCGCACACAGACCCCCUUUAUUUCACCAUGCGCUUUAUUGAUGAUUUGCGUGAUGAUAUUAAUUCUUCUAUUUUGGUUCAACGUCCAUCUUCUUGGAAUUCUGCCUGUGUGUUGGCUCAAUUACAGGAGGAGGUCUCGGAGUACGGCAAGAGGCCACCGACCCGGCAACCUGAUCCAUUCUCGAGAACUCAGUCAACACCACCAGCUUCUCUUCCACUUCCACCACCCCCGUGGAAAGGAGAGAAACAGACAACUCUGGGCGAGGACCGUCGGGGCGCUAACUCAAAUAAUAUGGAGGACAAGUGGUCUACCCUUCGGGCUUAUCGGCGUGCAAGGGGCUGUGUAUUAAGUGUGCAGAGAAAUGGUCUAAGGAUCACCGUUGUGCUGAUUCGAUUCAACUCAAUGCUGUGCAGGAGAUAUUUGAGCUGUUUUAGUGGGAUUCGGAUGCUCAAUCAGAAGGGAAUGACCCAAUCCAACCUUUAGAGCAGAUAUUUAUGUUCGUGUCGGUGGCUGCUGUAUCUAGAAUGCCAGGUCCACGUACAUUUUGUCUGGGUGGCAUUAUUCAUCACCAAGCUGUUCGAAUCAUGGUGGACUCCGACAGUUCUCAUUCUUUCUUGAAAACAAAAUUGGCCACUCAGCUUCAAGGCAUUGUUCCUCUAUCAGUUCCUAUUGUUGUUCAAGUAGCUAAUGGUGCUCGGUUACAGUGUUCAGCGCAUUGUCCAGCCACUGCGUGGUCGGUCCAAGAGUUCACCUUCUCCACAGACUUCAAAAUCUUGGAUGUGUUUUCUUAUGAUGCUAUAUUGGGGAUUGAUUGGUUGUCUCAAUUCAGUCCGAUGCACAUACACUAGCAACAUCAGUGGAUGGUACUUCCAUACCAAGGAGUAUCAGUCUUAUUGCAAGGGUCCAAUUGUUCCAUUUCUAAGGGUACUGUGGUCCAAUUAUGCUUGUUGGUCGCGUGCCUAGAAUUAGAUGCCAUGGUUUCUGAGGCCCCCUGCCAUUCAAGCAGUGUUAUCAGAGUUCUCAGCUUUGUUUGCUGUGCCCACAUAAUUACCACCUACCCGAGCAUGUGACCAUGCAAUCCCAUUGUUCCAUGGUGCUUCUCCGGUCACGGUCCGUCCUUACCGUUAUGCUCUAGCACUCAAGGAUGAAAUCGAGAAACAAUUUUGUGACAUGUUGGCCAAUGGCAUCAUCCAACCCAGAGCUCGUCCCUUCUCUUCUUCCAUCACUUGAAUGCUAUCACUGUCAAGGGCAAGUAUCCAGUACCAAUUAUUGAUGAACUUCUGGAUGAAUUAUUAGCAACAUCUUGGUUCUCCAAACUUGACCUUCGUGCUAGGUUCCACCAGAUCUGACUGAAGUAGGGCGAGGAAAUAAGACAAUGUUUCAGACACACUAUGGACAAUAUGAGUUUAAGGUCGUGGCGUUUGGCCUCACAGGUGCUCCAGGCACGUUUCAGUCGGCCAUGAACUCAACUUUAGCCUCUUGCCUGUGUCAGAGUGCACUGGUGUUUUUCGACGACAUUUUAGUCUACAACUCAUCCUUGUCUGACCAUGUAAUACACCUUCGGAUAGUACUACAGCUGUUAGCUCGAGACAAGUGGUGUAUUAAACUGUCCAAAUGUUCAUUUGCACAACAACAAAUCAGCUAUUUGGCUCACAUUAUCAGUGCCCGUGGUGUAGCUACUGAUCCCGAAAGGUGUCAGCCAUCGCUAAUUGGCCUUGUCCUCAAAUAGUGAAGGAACUACGCAGCUUCCUUUGAUUGGCUGGUUACUACCGCAAAUUUGUCCGUAACUUCGAAGUCAUAUCAAAACUUUGACUCUUCUCCUCAAGAAACAUUCAGUGUUUGUGUGGACGUCAGUACAUGAUCAUGCUUUUAACGUGCUGAAACAGUCCUUGUGCUUGGCGCAUGUGUUGAAGUUGCCCAACUUUGGACAUCCAUUUUCAGUUGAAAUUGACGCAGCAACAACUGGAGUGGGUGCAAUAUUGAUUCAGGAUGGUCACCCAAUAGCCUUUAUCAGCAAGGCAUUAGGCCCCAAAUCUCAAGGCCUCUCCACUUAUGAAAAAUAGUAUAUGGCCAUUCUAUUAGCAGUGUCUCACUAGUGCGCUUAUUUGCAUCUCAAAGAAUUCACCAUUUUUACUGACCAACGCAGCCUAAUAUCAUUGUUCGAACAACGCCUCCAUACAAUGUGGCAACAACGGGUGUUUUCCAAACUCUUGGGCAUUAAUUACCAUAUUGUUUACAAACGCGACACUGAGAAUUGAGUGAUAGAUGCCCUUUCACGGAAAUCUUCUCAUGAAGCUUCUUGUGCAGCUAUUUCAUCAGCUACUCCAAAGUGGUUUGCCGAGGUGAUUGCUGGAUACGAUCAGGAUACCCAUGCAACAAACCUACGAGCUCAAUUGGCUGUUGAUCCCACAUUGGUGCCCACUUUCGCAUUGGUGGAGGGAUUACUGCGCUACAAGUCCAAAGUUUGGAUUUUCCAUAAUGUGCCACUACAACAGAAAACUGCUAUCAGCUUGUUACGCCAGUGCAUUAGGUGGCCAUUCUAGAUUCCCGGUAACAUAUAUGAGGAUGAAGAAGCUGUUUGCUUGGACCGACAUGUGUGUUGCGGUGAAGCAAUUUGUGCAAACAUGUCUGGUAUGCCAGCAAGCUAAACCGGACAGAACCCGUUUACCAGGUCUGCUACAGCCGUUACCAAUGCCCUCAUCAGCUUGGCAGAUUAUUUCGGUGGACUUUGUGGAAGGCUUGCCGACCUCUUCUUCAUACAACUGCAUCUUGGUUGUUAUUGAUUUUUUCACAAAGUAUGGUCACUUCAUUCCUCUUCGCCAUCCGUUCACUGCUACCAGCAUUGCCAAGUUAUUCUUGCUGCAUGUGUAUCGUCUCCAUGGGAUGCCUUCCUCAAUUGUUUCUGAUUGGGACAGAAUAUUCACCAGUUCGCUUUGGAAGGAACUGUUUCGUCUUGCCGAAGUUUAGUUACAAAUGUCAUCAUCUUAUCACCCACAAUCCGACGAACAAAAAGAGCGACUGAACCAGACUGUAAUACCCAAACUUGUAAACUAUAUCAAAGGAAAUAAUUCGCUUAUGUGAUA